CGACUCACUAUAAGCCUAUAAAUAGAGGACUCAUGAUUUCUUCUUUCUGCAACUUAAGCAUUUGAUUCACGAAGUAUCACCUUGUUUUAUACCAAGCAUCAUAAUGGCUGGAGCUAAUGAAGAGCCGAUCACCGGAUUUCACGAUAAAAUUUCGCGAGAUCCGAAAUCAAAAUAUCCAGCUCAACCUGGAAGGUAUCAUCUGUAUGUUUCUUAUGCAUGUCCAUGGGCUUCGAGAUGUCUCGCAUACUUGAAGAUUAAAGGACUCGAAAAGGCCAUCCUUUUUACGUCUGUGAAGCCGAUAUGGGGCAAAACAAAACCCGGCGUGGAUAACCAUAUGGGAUGGCUUUUUCCUGCAACAAGUACAGAGGAACCAGGAGCUGAACCUGACCCUUUGUAUGGUGCCAAAAGUAUAAGACAGCUCUAUGACAUUGCCUGUCCUCAGUAUGCCGGAGGAUACUCUGUUCCUGUGCUGUGGGAUGCGGAACAAAAGGCAAUUGUGAACAAUGACAGUGGGGAAAUCAUCCGAAUGCUUAACACAGAAAUGAAUGAAUUUGCGACGCAUCCAGAGGUGGAUUUAUAUCCUCGCUACUUGCGUCCUAAGAUCGAUGAAACUAACGAAUGGGUAUACACCAAUAUCAACAAAGGUGUCUAUAAAUGUGGUUUUGCAAAGGACCAACAAACUUACGACGACGCUGUGAAACCAUGCUUUGAAUCCCUUGAUAGAUGUGAGAAAACACUUCGAAGGCAACGCUUCAUGUGCGGACACCAACUAACCGAAGCAGAUAUCCGUCUCUUUGUCAGCCUUAUCCGAUUCGAUGAGGCAUAUGGUGCUCUGUUCAAUUGCAACAAAAAGCUGCUAAGGGAGUACCCACAUUUGUUCAACUUUACCAAAGACAUUUACCAAAUGUUUGAUAUCAGUAGCACAGUGAACAUGGUGCACAUUAAGAAGCAUUACUAUAAAAGUCAUCCUGAUUAUAAUCCCAUGGGAAUCAUUCCGAUUGGCCCUAACAUUGACUAUUCUGAACCUCAUAAUAGGCUCAAGUUUCCGAUUGGUAUAUGAUCAUCAUGGAAGAGAUUAAGAAUGGGCUAUUAUAAUAAUUAAGUUAUAUGAAAACAAAUUAAAUAAAGUCAUGUGAUGUUCUUGGUAGUCUAUGCCUGGCAUCACAUCAGAAUCAUAUUUGAUCUUCUUGGAGGAGAUUAAGAGUGCUUUAUUAGUAAGUUAUGAAUAAAUAUCAAAUCGUGCCGUUGUACUGUAUUUCUAUCAUUCGUGGAUUGUACUAUUUAACAUUAAAUAAAAAUCAUGUCUAUGUUUGUGUUA